GCAGCUCUCAACCCACUUAAUCAGAUUUCAAGAAUUAGGGUUUAAUUGAUGAAUAGAUGUCUGUCAAGACCACCCAAGCCGAUGGUCAAGUAGGGUCUCGGAAGAACAAGCGCCUUGUAUCUCACCAAUCUCUUACAGCAGACAUCAAAGAAGAUAAGUCUUUUCUAUCACCAAACUUUCCUAUAACUUGCACUAUUGCAAAAACUAAGAGAGCCGAUUCUAAUCAAAUGAACAAGCUCCACUAUCCUCAACUUUAUAGAAUUCAUUAUGCGAAGACACAACGAGCACAAGUGUCACGUUCCGCUGGAGAACAAGUUGUGUUGCAGGUGGGAUUAGUGGGCUCUAGCUCCCCAUCUUAUGUUCCCAUUUUUUUGUCAUCGGAUGUCUCUUACUUCAGGAUUCCGACACCUCGGAUUGAGUUUUGUGUUUCUCAACCUCUUUGGUCUCUCACGCUGCCAAUGGCAUCCUUUCAGCGUUUCGUCCAGCUGCUUCAGCGACAGCAAUGAGGGUGCUCAUUCUUUAUCAUUCUCCAUGCUGGAAAUGUGGGGUCCAAAAUCGGGGAAUGUAAUCUGUGGAGGAACUGUCAGUUUCUUCCAGAUUUCCAGUGAGCCUCGAUCUGGAGCGAGUCAGGAAGUGGAACUGGCCAUGGAUGGUGUAUUGAGGAAAAUGAUUACAUUACUUUGUAAGACAACCGCAUCAUUACGGAUGGCUACCUACCGCAAUUUGAAGGUCAUUAGUUCACUUUCACUCUUCACGAAUUUGUUCUUGGAGAGGUUUGAAAGAACGAGAAGUUAAACAUUCCGACGCAUUUAAUUAGGAUCGUCACUUACUGUUUCGCAUUGUCUGUGGUGUAAUUGACGAGUCAAUUGAUACCAUCUCACCACAGAUUGCAUGAACUAGUCAA